GAGACAAUAAAGUGUUGCACCUUCAAAUCAAAGUAAACAUUAGCAAAGGGCAACAACCACCCUUUUUUCGAGACACACCAGAAGAAUAUUUUAAGUAUUUACAUUUAUUUACCGCAGCAGGCAACUAAUAUAUCAAACAGUUUCACUAACUUUUAACCCCGGAGUUUUUAGUUUUUUUCUGUUAAGUGGUAAGAAUGGCUCUAAAAUAUAUACGGUCGUUUACAGCAAUUUUAGCAGGUGUCUAUCGAUGUAGAAUAUCGGGAGAGUCGAUAAAGACAGGUUUUAUUUCAGCUAAAUCCUACAGCAGCGCAGCCGGAGGUGAAGACUCGGAAACAGUUGCAGGUCAGACUGUGGUCUCCGAGCGAAGGGGGGCCGUGGUUACUGUGGCGAUAAACAGGCCUGAGGUGCGUAAUGCGGUGAACCAGGAGACUGCGAGGCGUCUGCUGGAGGAGCUGAAGGCCUUCGACAGUGACCCAGACUUGAAUGUUGCCGUCCUGCAUGGGAAAGGAGGGAAUUUCUGCGCUGGUUAUGAUCUAAAAGAGCUGGCCAAUCACACGGCCUCCCUCAAAUUGGAGCAAGAUGUCACCAAGGGUCCGGGACCGAUGGGUCCGUCCCGCCUGCAGCUGUCCAAGCCGCUGAUAGCGGCGGUCAGCGGCUUCGCUGUGGCCGGAGGGCUGGAGCUGGCUCUGCUGGCGGAUCUGAGGGUGGUGGAGGAGAGCGCCGUCAUGGGGGUGUUCUGCCGGCGCUUCGGUGUCCCGCUCAUCGACGGAGGCACAGUGCGACUCCCUCAUCUCAUUGGUUUGUCGAGAGCCCUCGACCUGAUCCUGACGGGCCGGCCCGUUGGAGCGCAGGAGGCUCUGGCGUACGGACUGGCCAACAGAGUUGUUCCCGAAGGCCAAGCUUUACAGGCUGCAGUGGAGUUAGCGGAGCAGAUCAGCGCCUUCCCCCAGCAGUGUCUACGGGCCGACCGCUCCUCGGCCUUCUACAGCUGCUACGACGCUCCCUCCUUCACGCAGGCUUUGCAGCGCGAGUUUGACGGCGGAGCGCCUGUCAUCCAAGCGGAGAGCGUUUCCGGGGCAACCAAGUUCACCGCCGGAGCGGGGAGGAGAGGACAAUUCUAGGAUUUUCAAUCAAAGCAGUGUAAUUACUGUGGAAGAUUCAGCGCUCCUCGUCAGAGCCAGGUGGAAGCAUUCCUUGGGUUUUGGAGCACACUCCCCCCUCAUUUGGCGAGUUGGAAGGACGUGUGCGUAAUCUUCCUCCGUGAACUUUCCUCUGACCUUUACCUCUUUAAUAAAAACGUCUCGCAGGAUGAACACAACCAAGAUGUUCA